CCUUCCCUUCGAGAUCCGUGGUGACGAAGGCGGCAGCCAGAGGCUCGGCCCUUCUUGCCCUUGCCGCCUGACUCCGGCUCCCACGGGAUUGACCCGGGCGGUCCCCUGCGCGGACAUUGAGUGAAGCAGUGUACCAGGGCACACUCAGCUAGAAGAGCAGCCAGGACCCAGUCGUCAUGGCCUCCGUGUCCACUCAGGAAAGCCAGGAGAAAAGCCCUAAUUGGCCACCGCUGAACAAGAAGAGCAUGCUGUUUUGCCCAAAAUCAAAACUGCACAUCCACAAAGGAGAGAUUGCAAAGAUCAUCCGAGAAUGUCAAGAGGAAAGUUUCUGGAAGCGAGCUCUGCCUUUUUCUCUUGUAAGCAUGCUUGUCACUCAGGGACUCGUCCACCAAGGUUAUUUAGCAGCCAACCCAAGAUUUGGAUCACUGCCUAAAGUUGCACUUGCUGGUAUCUUGGGAUUUGGACUGGGUAAGGCUUCCUACAUUGGAGUGUGCCAGAGUAAAUUCCAUUCCUUUGAAAAUCAGCUCCGUGGGGCUGGAUUUGGUCCACACCAUAACAGGCACUGCCUGCUUACCUGUGAGGAGUGCAAAACCAGGCAUGGGCUGAGCCAGAAGGGAGACAAGCAGCCAUCAGCUUCCUAAGCUUUUGAAAAUUUUU